AUGACGACUAGGAGUGGAAAGAUAAUUACUCCUCUGACCCCAAUUCCGAAUGAAGAUUCUAAAGAGGUGCAAGAGGAAGAAAAAGAAAUCCUGAAAUCACAAAAAGUCGACGCAACUCGUCGAGUUGAAGAGAAGAACUCGAUGAGUUCUCAGUCUGAACAGAAAAAUGUCCCCCCUUUAAAACCAUAUCAACCUCCAUUACGAUUCCCAAGUCGAGCUAGAAAAGAGAAGCAGAAUGAAGAAUAUCAAAAGUAUCUGGAGCACAUCAAAGCCCUUAAAAUUAACAUUCCUUUCAUUGAGGUGGUUGCACAAAUGCCUAAGUAUGCCAAGUUCUUAAAGGAAUUACUCAUAAAUAGAAAGAAGAUGGAAGAGGUAUCCAAGGUGGUUCUCAAUGAAAAUUGUUCAGCCGUAAUGUUGAACAAAUUUUCAAAAAAGAUGGGUAACCCAGGUAGUUUGACUUUGGCAUGCCAAUUCGGGAACUUAGCUACUAGUUAUGCAUUGGCUUAUUCAGGGGCGAGUUUUAACCUUAUGUCAUACUCAUUCUUUAAGAAGUUGAACCUUCCGGAGCCGAGAUCGAUUCGAAUGGAAAUUCAUGUAGUGAAGAAGACGGUGACAUUUCCAUGCAGGAUAUGCGAGGAUUUAUUGGUGAAAGUUGAUAAAUUCGUAUUUCCCACGGAUUCCAUAGUGCUAGAUAUGGAAGAAGACCAUCAAGUACUAAUCAUUCUUGGACGAUCUUUCCUAAACACUGCAAGUGCCAUAGUGGAUAUAAGAGAAUCCAAACUUACCCUUCGGGUGGGAGAAGAGUCAGUUACUUUUGGAAUUGAUCGAGCCAUGAAGCAUUCUAAGUAUAGUGAUGACACGAAAUUCUCGAUUAACACUUUGGAAGAAUAA